AUGGGCAACGCAUCAAGCACAGUUACAGCCGGAAUUAAGGAUCAAGUCAACGCCAAAGGGAAUGCGAUCAAUCAACUCGCUGAUGUCACCGGAAAAGGUUUGCUCGCUGAGCUUGCCAUUGAAGCGAUUCGAAGUGGCGACUAUACAGAACUUGAUCGAAUGAUUGUUGAGAAAGUGCGACCAAUGUUAUAUAAUAAUGGGGAAGGAGCAAUGUUGCCGCUGUCGGAUAUAAUUCAGCAAAGACACAAAGAAAGAACUGGAAACGCGUUCGCCGUCGGCACAACUUCGGUGCAACGUCGAUUUGUCUGCUGGGAUUUGAAUUGUCGAGGCGCCGUUGGUGAGACUCUUCUUCACACUUGCUUCCUCGCAGGUCUCCCAAAACAUAUGAAAUUGCUAGUGGAACGACUCAUCAAAAUAUUUCCAAAAGUGAUCAAUGAUUUUUAUCUAUCCGAUGAGUAUUACGGCGAAACUGUUUUGCAUAUGGGAAUCGUCUCAGAGAAUGCUGAAAUCGUGCGAUUUUUGCUGAAAAACGGCGCCGAUGUGCACGCAAGAUGCUCUGGCAAUUUCUUCACGUGCGAUGAUCAGAAAGGAUCGAGAACGGAUCAUCCGGAAGUCGAGCAUGCGAUCAUCAGCAAGCACACCAAUUACCCGGGACAUCUUUAUUGGGGCGAAUAUCCGUUGUCGUUUGCCGCUUGUCUAUCGGAUCCCGAAUGCAUGCGAAUGCUUGUGGCGAACGGAGCCGAUGUGAACGCGACGGAUUCGAACGGCAACACGAUUCUUCAUAUUUGCACGAUUCAUGAGAAUUGGGAAAUGUUCAAACUCGCGCUAUCAAUGGGAGCCGACCUUCACAUUUUGAAUCGGCAGAAUCUCACGCCGCUCACACUCGCAGCUUUUAUGGCGAAAAAGGAAAUGAUGCAGAAAAUUGUGGAAGAGGAGAGGACUGUGAAUUGGACAUAUGGACGAACGCAGAGCGCCGCUUAUCCGCUCGAACAUCUUGAUUCGAUUGAACCGAAUACCGGAAAGAUAAAUAAAAACUCGGUGCUGAAUAUUGCUGUGUACGGCGAAAAGGCGGAACAUCUUCAACUUUUGCCAAAUCUUCUCGAGCAGCUUGUGCACCAUAAAUGGAAUGCAUAUGGACGGAAAACAUUAUUUAUGCAGCUCUUCAUGUUCUGCCUCUACUUUACCUGCGUUACCUCGUGUUUCCUUUUGAGGCCAACACCAUUCGAAAGGCAACAACACGUUGCGAAUGAUUUGAUUUGUUUCAAUGAUUUUCGCACCGGCCAGUUGAAAGAGUCUUCUAGGACUACUUUGAUUUAUCACAUUCUUCAUGCCAUGUGCGUCACCGGUGCAGCCCUCUACCUUCUUCAAGCGAUUCUCCAUAUUCGGAAUGUCGGAAGCUCUUUAUACUUUCUCAGUUUGUCUGGAUUCCCAGCAAAGGCUAUUUUCCUCGUUUCGUGUAUUCUAAUGCUUCUGAGCUUCUGGCUUCGCGUCUUCUGUUUUGACGAGGCAGAAGACAUCGUCUGGGUUGUCAUUGUCCUUCUCACGUCACUCAAAUUCCUAUUCUUCUGCAGAGGAUUCAAAUCGGUGGGACCAUUCGUCUUAAUGCUCUAUAAGAUAAUAAUUCGAGAUCUAAUGCGAUUCUUUUUGAUCUACCUGGUUAUUGUAAUCGGAUUCUCGCAAGCAUUUUACGUGAUAUUUCUCGGAUAUAAAAGGGACCAACACGGAAAACACGAAAAUUCGAUUAUGAGUAACGUGGCAGAAUCAUACGUGCGCAUGUUUAUAAUGUCGCUCACGGAGUUUACCGUAUUUUUCGAACAAUUAGAAGAAUGCGAACAUACCGUAAUCGGAAAGAUUACGUUCAUGGUAUACAUGCUUCUAGUAACUCUAUUGCUGAUCAACAUGCUGAUCGCUAUGAUGACAAAUACCUACACAGAAGUGUCCGGAAAUUCUCUUGAAUGGCUUCGUCAAUGGUCGGCAAUUAUUCUGAUGAUGGAGCAGAGCUUCAAUCCAGCAACCAGAUUACGGUAUCAGCGAAGAUACGGUAUUCGAUUCGAUGGAGGAGAGAAGCUAGUGCUUCUUUUGAAAGAUAAAAUGGACGAAGAAGAAUUUGAAAAUCGUCGUCGAAAAAUGCAUGAUGAACGCCGAAAAUUUAGAGAGGAGCUGCGGACAAAUCAAAGGAAACGACCAGCAUUUUUGACCAAACAAGGAGCCAACUAUUUCAAACGAAAAGACAAACCAAAACUCCCUUAA